CCGUACGGGGACGCCUCGUGCAAACUGGUCAACUCCGUCAUCAUCGUCAACUUCUACACCAGCAUCUACACCCUGGUGAUGAUCAGCUUGGAUCGCUACCUUGCACUGGUGAAGACCAUGAAGGCCAGGUGGCUGAGACGGACCCUUUACGCCAAGAUCGCCUGUUUGAUCCUGUGGAUAUUAGGACUUCUACUGAGUCUGCCAACCAUGCUCCACAGAAAGGUGAAGUUCAUAGAGGACUACCAGACGCUGUCCUGUGUACUGGACUAUGGCGAUGACAUGCGUUGGAAGUUGGCCCACCAGAUUCUGAUGAAUGUGGUGGGCUUUGUGAUGCCUCUCCUGGUCAUUGUGUUCAGCAGCGGAAGCAUAAUCAAAGUCUUAGCUCAGCGGAAGGACACUGUGGGAUUUCACGACGCCGACGACAGGAAGGCGACAGCGCUGGUGUACGCCGUGACGCUGCUGUUCUUACUUUGCUGGGGUCCCUUUCAGAUAUUCACCUUCCUUGACAUACUCUGUGACGUCCACGUGCUGGAUGAGACGUCGUGGUUCCACGCGCUCAACGUAGGCAGUCAGGUGUCCGUGUAUCUGGGCUUUCUCAACAGUGCCCUCAACCCCCUGCUGUACGUCUUCUCCGGACAGUACUUCAGGAGGAAAGUUACUGCCAUCUACAGGAGGUCCAGACCUCCUCGCAGAGGGUCAGACAUGACCACGUACCAACGCUCUGUUGUGUCCACUUACCUCAACAAAACGGAGCAAAUUAAGCCUGUGGUUAUUUUUUAGUGAUUGCUCUCCUGACAUGCCAUUAGCUCCACUUCUGCUGCUGCUUGUUGCUCAAAGUCGAUGGAGCCUAAUAAUUUGGUUAAAUACUUACAGAGGGUUUCAUGAUGUUUAAUUAUUGUGGAUGUAAUCUGUUUGAAACAUUACCCUUUUUUUAUUCAUAUUACGCAAAUCAAAUGUAACAUUUUGCAGAGACUUUAUUAUCUUAUUUUCAUUUUGUGUAAUUUUUUUGUGUUAUAGCAGUUUCAUUACGGUGUCGUGAGGUAAAUGUGCUAAAUACAAAUUACAUUACAAAAUAAUACACUUGGAUCAGUUAUGAAUAUAUUCCACAUUGGACGCACCCAUAUCAGUUAAUAAGCUAUGAGAUAUUGCUACAUUAUGUUAAAAAAUGAUGAUGAUGAUCAAAUGGUACGUGUUACAUGUCUUUGAUUUCCAGGCCUCUGUAUAAACAAGUUUAGAGUUGUUUUACAGCUGUAGCUUUUGUAUUUAUAUACCGGCCUGACAUUUAAUUGUUAAUAAAGACUCUACGGCAUGUGUAACUCUGUAUUGUUAGUGUUAUGUUGAAUGCUCCAGCCAUUGGUGGUAUAAAUCCACUGUGUGAACUUGUCUCAUCUUGGUUUUAACGUUGUUUAUAUCCACGUGCUCUUGUACACACAGUUUAGAGCUUUACGGCACAUUUCAUUCCUCGGGAAAUACAUGAAUUAGACUCAAAGUGUAUUUCAGGGGC